AUGAGCCACCACGCCUCGCCAGCCACGUCUAUCAAGCUCGUUUUACUCGGUGAAGCGGCAGUAGGUAAAUCCUCCUUGGUAUUACGAUUUGUAUCGAAUGACUUUCAGGAAAAUAAAGAACCAACUAUAGGAGCUGCUUUUCUAACACAAAAGUGUACGAUUGGAGAUCGUACUAUAAAAUAUGAGAUAUGGGAUACCGCUGGGCAAGAGAGAUUUGCGUCACUAGCACCAAUGUACUAUAGAAAUGCCCAAGCGGCAAUAGUAGUAUACGAUAUAACCAAACCGGCAUCCUUUAUCAAAGCAAGGCAUUGGGUGAAGGAAUUACACGAGCAAGCAAGUAAAGAUAUAAUAAUUGCAUUAGUUGGUAACAAGUACGAUUUAGUAGAGGACGAAGCAGAAGAAGAUAAUGGUGGUGAACUGUUGAGAAAAGUAAGCAUCGAGGAAGGUCAAGCACUAGCCGAGGAAGAAGGACUAUUAUUCUAUGAAACCAGUGCAAAGACUUCGUAUAACGUAAACGACGUUUUUGUUGGUAUUGGUAGUAAGAUCCCAGAUUCAAGCAUGAUGAAACAGCAAAAUGCACAAGAAGUUACAAAUGAAGGAAGAAUUGAUUUGACAAACAACGGAGCAGCAGGAGCAAGGAGAACAUCUUGCUGUACUAUCUUCCCAGGUACUAUCUUCCCAGGUACUAUCUUCCCAGGUACUAUCUUCCCAGGUACUAUCUUCCCAGGUACUAUCUUCCCAGGUACUAUCUUCCCAGGUACUAUCUUGCCAGUACUCCGUGUUGGAUAUAUACCCGAACACUUUAGCUUUCCUUUACUCACGGCCCAGGAACAAGGUUUCUUUACUCAAUAUGGACUCAAGAUCGAACUAGUCAAAGUACCUGAAGGGAGCGGUCGAUUAAUCGAUUUGUUAAAAGGUGAUGAUAUUGAUGUAGCUAUUGGACUUACUGAAGCCUUUGUUGCUGAUAUUGGUAAAGGAAACGAUAAGAUCAAAAUAGUUGAUAAUUACGUUGUAUCUCCCUUGCUUUGGGCAGUUUCUACCGGUAUUGAUAGAAAGGACAUAAAAGAUUUGUCAGACUUGUCCAAAAUCGGGAUAUCGAGAUUUGGUAGUGGUUCCUAUAUAAUGAGUUUUGUCCUUGCUAAUAAAUUGGGAUUGGACAAGUUUAAGGACUUUGCCGUUUGCAAUAACUUUGCCACAUUGAGAAAGUCAGUCAAUGGUGAAAAAGAGGGAGAAAACGGUGGCGUUGUAGAGUCAAGCGAUGCAUUCAUGUGGGAAUAUUUUACUACCAAGAAAUACUAUGAUUGUAAAGAGAUUAAACAAAUUGGUCAAAUCUAUACACCUUGGCCUUCCUGGGUCAUCAGUGCUUCUUCAAAAAGUUUAGAAACAAAACAACAAUCUAUUCACGAUUUCAUCAAGGCAUUAUCUCAAGGUAUUGUUUACUACAACAAUCACAUUGAAGAAGCUGUUCAAUUCAUUGCUGCAAACUUGGAUUAUUCACAAGAAGAUGCAAGAGAAUGGACCAAGACUGUUGAAUUCAAUGAGAAAUUGGGUCAAAAACCUUUGGACUGGGACAAAAUUGUGGUUAACACAACAAAGGUUUUAAAGAAUGCUGGUGUUUUGAAAGAUUCAGAUGAAUUGGUUAAUUCCAGAAUGGAGUCAAAUGUAUAUAAAAACAAUAUUUAA